AUGUUUAUCCCGGCUAGGGGGCGACAUUUUGGUUUCCAUCCGCCGGCCGGUUGCCCCGGCGGCGGCGUCUCCCUCCGUCCGGCUGUGUCCCAGGCAGGCCCCGGGAGGUAUCCGGCGGGCGGGCGGACGAUGUGGCGGCUCCGCUGCAAGGCCAAGAACGGCACCCACGUCCUGCAGGGCCUCUCGAGCCGGUCCCUCGUGCGGGAGCUAGAGGGCCAGAUAGCCGCCGUCACCGGGAUCGCCCCCGGCGGGCAGCGGAUCCUCGUCGGCUUCCCCCCAGAGUGCCUGGACCUCAGCAACGGGGAGACCGUGCUGGGGGACCUGCCCAUCCAGUCGGGUGAUACCCUGAUCAUUGAAGAGGACAAAACCAAGCAUAAGACUUCAUCUUCUGCAGUUGCAAAGCAUGGUGCACACACUUCAUUCAGGGAAGUUUUGCCUGUGCUUAGCAGAACUGUGGUCCCAGCAGACAACUCUUGCCUUUUCACCAGUGUGAACUAUGUAGUAGAAGGGGGUGUUUUGGAUCCAGCUUGUGCCCCUGAGAUGCGAAAUCUUAUAGCAGAGAUAGUAGCAAGUGAUCCAGAAUUCUACUGUGAGGCAUUAUUGGGCAAAACAAAUCAAGAGUACUGCGACUGGAUUAGAAGGGAUGACACUUGGGGAGGAGCUAUUGAGAUAUCCAUUUUGUCCAAGUUUUAUCAAUGUGAAAUUUGUGUGGUGGACACUCAGACAGUCAGAAUCGACCGCUUUGGGGAAGACGCUGGCUACCCCAAAAGGGUACUACUAAUUUAUGAUGGCAUCCACUAUGAUCCACUUCAGCGAAACUUCCCUGACCCAGACAGCCCUCCUUUGACCAUCUUUUCCUCCAGUGACGACAUUGUUCUUGCGCAAGCAUUGGAAUUGGCAGAUGAAGCUAGAAGAAAGAGGCUGUUUACUGAUGUAAACCGAUUCACCCUGAGAUGUAUGGUGUGCCAAAAGGGUUUAACUGGACAAGCAGAAGCAAGGGAACAUGCCAAGGAGACUGGCCACACCAACUUCGGAGAGGUGUGAUCUGUGCGGGAGGAGGCAUUGUCUACUACCUCAGUCAUCCAGAAGGCUCUGGGUUUUCCAAUAAGCUCUCUGUAAACCUAAAAGACAAAAGGACAUAAUGCUUGAAACACCCUUUUUACUUAAGACAAUGAAGACGCUAGAAUUCCUUGUUAAGAUUAAAAUUAGUGUGCAAGUUUACAGAUCUGUGUCUACAGUGGUGAUACGUGCUCUCUUCCUGCCAGGUGUGAUACUGAGUGGUGCCCUAACACUAUCCUGAAGAGAGUUAUUCAUACAAGCUAACACUGAGCAGCAUUAACUGAUGGAAGAACACACCUGGCACAUUUGGGGGUAAUGUGGAAGGCGAUAUGUGACACCACUGCAUAUACACACAACAGUGUCUAGAGCAGCUUAGACCUUUGAAUAACAUGGAGUUUGAAAAUGUAAAACUCAUUUCUAAAUUAUGACUCCAAUUAAGGAGCAGUUUCUUAAAUGAUGUGCAGGGUGGUCCACCUGAUUUUAUGCUGAAAGCUAGUAGACUUCAUGAAAAUGCUUUGCAAGGUAUAAGUACAUUACACAAGCAGUUUCUACAGGGAUGCUAACUACCCUUCAUGUGUUAUCUCAAAAACUGGAUCUGACAGUGCCCUGUUUAAAAUUUAUACUAUAUAAAGGUAGAAUGUAGAGGAUAAGGUGCCUAAAUUCAUAACUAUGGUGAAGGAGCUGACCGAAGCUUUAAAAGACCAGCAUCCUUGUUUUAACUGAAUUUGUAUUAGCUAAUAACUUAUUGUUGAAGAUUUUUAAAUUAAGCAUAGCUUUAAAAAAAACAUUCUUUUAAUUGAAGUUCCUUGAAAUUUGAGUACUCAAACUUUGCAAAAGAUGUUUGGUUUUUAUCUUGUGUGGGUUUGAUUUCUUCCGCUUUUUAUUCAUAUUAUCUCUAUCUUUUGGAUUUUUUUUUUUAAGCUGAAAUGACCUGGUAAAGUUUGGAUUCUUAUUGUAAUGACUAUUCCUCACUUAAGUUUUCACGUUAAACACACAGGCCUAUAAAUGUUGAAUUGUUGCUAGCCUUAUCAUCACUAAAAACAAUGCCCUUAAACCAGGUCAAAUUUCUGCAGAGUAGCAUUUUAAAAUUUCUGUUUUAUUUCUCAUUUUGCCCUUUGAAUAUUUUUGAGGUACUUAGAGUGAUGGCGACUAGGUUGUUUUGGAGGAAAAAAAGUAGACUGUUGUCUCUGAAACAUAAAAACAUGACCAACCUUGUCUUAUUGAGCUAUCUCAGUGUUUUCCUUGUUCUCCACAUUAGUUGUGUACCCUUUUGCUUGUUGGACUAAAUCAGCUAGGCACCCUCUCAGAAACAGAGUGAGCUUUGAUAUAAAAUCUCCUACGGAAAGUCUACUACCUCUUUCAUAAUUCUACUUAUGGUCAGGGAUGUUAAAUCAAAACAAAUAUAACAUUGUACGACCCCAUGAGGUUGAAUAUUUUUGAAGUUCUUGUCAUAAUACUCUUGAUCUGUUUGGGUAUAAUUAAAAGGGUCUGGCAAACUAAUUACAAAUUUUAACUGAAAGCACUUAAAUGUUUCCAUAAGCACAUUAUUUUGGUUGAUCUUUUUAAUUUGAGAACUACUUUUUGGGUUCUUAGUCUGAAACUUUAAAGUUAACAUGGCAACCAAUUCAUCAAACAGUUAAUAAGCACCCAAUAUGUGCAAGACACUGUGUUAGGCACCCCUCUCCUAAUAAUGCUUACAUUUUAGUGGAAAAUCUAGGAAAAGUUAACUUUUUUUAAGGAAUAAUUAACAAAGUGUGCUUGAAAACUUUUAAAAAUUGAGUACCUUUUGUUUGUAUAGCUAUUUUCAAGAUAUAAGUUGCUCUAAAGAUUAGUAAAAGUCUUAAAAGUGUUUUUUCCGUUUUACUGAGCCUUAACAACAAAAAACAUGUGUGAAUUAUUGUAGUGUUUGUAAGUAAUAGUUCAUACAACUGAAUAUGGUGUGAAAUCUACGUCUGUUUGUCUUCUGGCCUAUGUUGAUGAUGAUUUAUCAAUUUCAUUUUAGUUUUAAGAAAGCUGAUUAGAGUAAUAAGUGUUGUUACAACUAAGGUAUUUAGAAUUGUAUCAUCAGCAUUCGUUCUUUAGAUCGAGGUUUCUUAUACAAUUGGUCAUUACUUUUCUGUCAGAAAACUUACUUUUUACUUUCUGGUUAUAUCAGGUGUCAGGCCUAAUGCAUUUGCCUCAAGACCUUUAGAUUUAGCCUGAGGUUGGUGCUCUGCCAGUCACUCUGAAUUUGAUCCUGUAUUGUUAGGACAGUAGAUUAUUUUAACAAAAUGGAAAGCAAAAGAACUCUAUGCUGAUAUUGCACAGAAAUUAAAUUCAAGUGGUUUUGUUUACAUGUUAAAUUAUUACUUUUUUCAUACCAAGUGUCAAAUAUUUAUUCAGGGAACUUUGUUUUCACUAUCUAAUCAUAUAUAUUGGGAACAGAUACUAUGACUUGUUAGGGUUUUCAUUAUUAAUCAUAUGCCAAAAUUUAAUGCUAUUGUGACUUAAGUGGCAUCAUAUACCUAGAAAAUUCAUGAUGAAGUACUAGUCCUUCUUAAUUCCAUUUCUGUUAAUAUGAAUUUAAAUCCCUAAAUUUUUGUUCUAAAAUCAGGCUUGUAAGGUAUUCUAUAUUUAAGAUUUUGUGAGUAUGCUGAUACUUGACUAAAUUGACCUCUUAGUGUGAAUAAACUUGAGUGUUAUAAAACCUUGAAAAUCUUCUGAUUUAGCUACUUCAAAGAAAUUUAGAAGAAACUUUGUCUGUUAUGUUUGUACUUGAACUCAACAGGGAUUAUCCCAUUCAAUUAAUUUCCAGAUUGAAUUAGAUGAAUUAGAAGGCCUUUAGCAUUAGAAGCUAGAUAGGAAUAACUACCUUCAUGUACUUUGCUUUUGAAUCCAGUGAUUUAACUACAGUGCUACCUAGAUGGAAUAAUUACACUUGGUAUUAAUCUUUACAUCACAAUUUUGUGAUGAAUUAUCUAAAAAUCUAAUCAGUAAUAACACCACUAGUAAUAACUUUUGUUAGGGUACUAGUUGAUUCCUUGAGAACCUGAUUUCCAGUCUUAAUUCUUGAUCUGAAUUUUCUUCCUUAGUGAAAAAUUGGAGUUACUAGAAGGAUAGUAUUGAAAUUUAACUAAUGCUGCCUUGAUUUAUCAUUCUCUUUUCAGUGAUUUCAGCUUGGCAGCUCUGGUAAAAAUUAGUAUAGCUGUAUAUCUCUUUAUUUCAUGUGGGCCCAAACCCCAACAACAGGCAGUCACUCUCCCUCUUUUCUAGGGAGCAAGUGGCAUUACUUUCUCUCAAAGGAUCAUAGAGAUCAUAGAAUUUAAUGUUCAAAGGGAAUCUUAGAGAUUAAUUAGUCUAACUCCCUCAUUUUACACAUGAGAGAAUUUUUUCCAAGGUCACACAGGUAGCAAGUCAUAGAGACUGGAUUCAAACCCAAAUCUUGAUUCCAAAUUCAGUGUUCUUUCCACUCUAUCAAGCUAUCUCACUUUGUAUGCCUUCAAUAUGUCCAUGUAUACCUCACUGUGCUAACUAUCCUCCAUGUUUUGUAGAGCCUGGAAUAUGGGGAUAUGACAAGUUCACUUGGCUAGCAUGUUUAUUUCAAAGUUCUUAAAUGUAUUGCAUGGCUGCACUAAUUAAUUGUAAUGGGGAAGGUACAAGUUGAAGUGAGAUGAGACUUUUUUUUAUAACUAAUCAUGUGGCCUUCAUGAGCAGUUUUCAUAUAUUGAGAAUCACACCUGGUAAUUAUUUGCAGCACUUUAAAACUUGUGAAACAAAGUUUACAUGUUAUAUAGCACCCUCCAAGAUCCUUACUAAGACCAAUAAAUGUAUGUGUUGAGCUGCCAGUGAUCAGCUCUUCUACCUAUAUCUAUUGUAUUUUAGUAACAACAUCCUAUUAUUGUGUUAACAUUCCAUUUCAGUAGCUAUUAGGAGCAUGCUGUGCCCUAGCAUUCAAAAUGUUUCUUAAUACACUACUAUAAUGUGAUUGUUCAUUUAUCUUUUUACAACACAGUAUUAAAGUUUAUUUUUGCAGUGCAGACAGCUGAGGUGACUGUUCUGAAAAGAAUAGAUUAUUAAAAUCUCAAACUAAUAAUAGAUUAUUAAAAUUUCAAAUUAAGUAAAAAAGGUCUUUUGUGGAAGGGGGUGCCAGAAAGGAUUCAGAUAUUAAUAGACUUGAAAGUUUCAUUUUAUUUAUAAACAUUAUAUCUUUUAUUUAAUACCUAUAAAUAAAAGUGAAGCAAAUAUUCAUUUGAAUAAGCUAUAAAAUCCUGACUAAGGUUUUGAAUCAGUUUGGGAAUUGAAAGUUACUUUAAAGGUAUGGGACAAGAUAUGAUGAAUUAUCUAUUUAAUUGCUGCAAAUAGUACUUUGGCAAUAAUUUUUAAGCAUCCAGUUUACAAAGUAUGCAGAACUCUUGAUUAUGAAGUAGGAUUUAGGGGGUUUUAGUUGUCAGGAUUUAAAUUUUUUUUUUGUCUAGACCUUUGGUUUCAUCACUGUAAGGAAUUGCCUUUGUUUACCAAUGAAAAUCUAUAAUUUAUUGUCUUAAAGCAUUGCCUGGGAGCACUUAGGAAGUUUAAUGACUUGUCUAAGGUCAGUCAAUAUAUAUCAGGAAAGAAUUAAACUCGGGUCCUCCUGACUUGGAGGACUGCUCUCUAUCCUAUACACACCAAUUUUAGUAGGUUAAACAAUAACACAUUUAUUGUUAUUUUCCCCUCUUAAUAAACAAGGUUGCAUUGUUUUUGUUUACCAAAUCAUCAGCAUUCAAUUUGAAAAAUAUUGUGUUGAUUGUGUGGGUGCUACUUAAGGUCUUCAGCUGUGUGAAUUUAAAGGUUAGCUUAUUCUAGCAACUUUUUUUAAGGGGUCAGUGAAGAAAGAGAAGGAUGAUUGCUACCAAAACAAAAGAGAAUCUGGUCUGGAAUGGAUGAAUUCCUAAUACUCACUGAAUAAUGCUUUUCAGAAAGAUGAGUAUUUUAGGUCAUCAGGAGAGCAAUAACUUUUGUGUUGUACCACCCAUCUCUCUCAGUGGUUGGUUUCUAAGUAAAGAAGGUUCACAUAUGGAAAAUUUUUCAAUUAACACAUAAAGUUACAUUAAGUGUUUACUAUGUUGCCUUUUUAUACUUCUGCCCUUUUUCAAAAAGCAAAAUCAUACCAAGUGUAGGUUAUGGGGUGGUGAAGACUUAUAGUUGAGUGAUAGGAAUAAUAGACUAUAGCUUCCAAUACCAAGUUAAAUUUAAGGAAAUCUUGGGACAUAGGAUUUCUAUUAAUGUUAUAUGAAAACGUUAUAGUGGGUACAGCAUAUGUAUUUUAUUUUGUAACUCAUGAGCUCCAUAAGGGUUCAGGUUGCCUAAUUCUUGUUAAUUUUCCAAUUUACCUCUGUGCCAUAUAUGUUAUAGGAAAGCCCAUGUACUUAGCAAAAGUGUAAUGGUGGCUUUGAAGGAAGGGGCAGGGUAAUUUUUCUAGUGACUUAAUUCAGCCUUGGCUAUUGUUAGGAAAUAAACUUAGGAAACAGUAUUUACCAAAAAAUUGUAGUCAAGUAUGUAAAUUUCCUGUCUAAUAGCUUUCAGAUUAGAGCAAGUAGAAGUGGAGGCUUAGGAAACAAAAUGAAUGGAAUUGGUUAGGAAAGACUCUCACAAUGCUUUAGAACAUGACUUAAAAGAGCAGUAGAAAAAUUUAAACUGAGUCAAUUUCAUAGGCUUUAAUCUUCUUGGAUUAAAACUAUUUUCCUUCAGAAGACUGAUAAUUUUGCCUCUUGUUUUGACUUGGCUAAUUCAGGUUGUUUUCCCCACAAAGAUCCUUAAUAUGCUGCUACCAGGAAAAUGUUUUGUAUCAUCAUAUAUCCUUUAUGUAACUGUGAUGUUGCCAAGAUGCUUUGAUUUUAUUUAUAAAGUUGUAUGAUUUUAAAUAAAUGAAAGCUGUAUGUAUGUAUGUAGUGACUUGUUAUGAAAGAAUAAAUUAAAAAAUCUAAAUGGAA